CCCAAUCACCCCAUUCGGCAUUAGUUUAGUUGAUUCGUCUUCUUUUUCUCCUUCUGCGCCACUACAAGCACUGUAAAAAUGCUUUGACUGCCGCGUAACCCCCCGGUAAACGCCGCGUAAAUGCCAAGUCACAGCCAUUCUUGGCUCUUUUCCGCUGUGAAUCAGCAAGGCUGAUGAGUGAUGAGCACCGCCAUUAACACCGCCGUAAAAUAUCCCGGACUUUAGGAACCGCGGACACGUCCGAGGACCCGAAAGAUCUUCGGCCGUGGAGUAUUUAGUGGUGAUCCAAGCUAACUAAGUUCCCGGCCGAGAAGGAGGGAGAGUUAUCAAAAAGCUUGGAAUUAUCAAGAUCGAAAAAAAAACCCUGGAGUUGCAAUACGUAACGCAGACCCAUAUUAUACUUCCCAAGCCCAAACCCCAAGCAUCGGGAAUAUAAUAAUUGAUACCCUGCCCCUUGUUUCUUGUCCCUUUCCCCUCUCUUUUCGUAUUUGUUCUAUCUAUUUCAUUUACUUUGUCCCUAGGUCAGGUGCUGCUGUCACUGCCUUAUUUGGGUUGACUCUUACGAGUUGCCCUCCCGUAUCACCAGUUUUGCGAAACACCAAGUUUACAGCAACAUCAUCACAUCACUUCACAUAAAAUCACACAAUGGCUGUGAAAGGCAUAUUUUCAUACUGGUGGUUCCCAGUUAUUUCAGGCCUUGUCUGGCUGGGAAUGCUUCUCGGUCUCCUCCUCGAAUGGCAAGUCAAUCAACACGGUCGUCGAUAUCCCACUCAAUCGAUUCACUCCGACAUCGCCUACAUUUCCAACGUCGGCGCAGGCCGUCUCCAGCCUCUCUUCAUCGUCGGCUGCGUCUUGACCUCCAUCUUUCUCGAUGCUGCGUUCUUGUCUGAGCGAUGGCUGCGACAUCGGGGCCGUCUUGUGCCCAACACGACCCUCAUGGAGAAGGUCCUCAGCGGCCUCUCUAUCGCCUUUGCGACCGUUGGAACCGUGGGACUUAUCUGUCUUUCUAUCUUCAAGACUGGCAAGUAUAGCAGACUGCACAACACGUUUCUGGCGCUCUUUAUUGGAGGCUAUUUGUUCUCGGCUGUUUGUAUCUGCUGGGAGUACCAACGCCUUGGAAUCAACUACCGCGAGCAUCGUGUCCUUCGCAUGUCUUUCUGGGUUAAGCUCACCUUCAUCCUCGUAGAGGUCGCCCUCAUCAUCGCCUUUGGCGUGUGCAGCCUCGUCAAGAAGCGAAACGCCGCCGCGGUCCUCGAAUGGGCCAUCUCCUUCAUCUUCACAUUCUAUGCCAUCUCCUUCGUCAUCGACCUCUAUCCUGCCGUUCGCACAAAGAGCCCUGACGCAAGGUAUCAAAAGUCCGCCUACAUGCCUUCUGCCCUCUCUGAUUCGAGGAGCCCCAGUAACGGGUCGCGCAGUAACUUGGAUGCUCCCGCAAACGGUCGCCAAGAUGUCGAGAUGGCGCAGAACGGUAAUCGUGUGCCUCCUAGAGACUUCUAGACAGGUCGCAAAUAUCACACAUAUGCUUGACCCAUCACAUCACAACAAAACUACACUUAAGGCUUGUAAUACUCAACAUACGCGAAACUUUGUGUUCUAUGGACUAAUGCCGGAAUGAUUCCCCCUUUCUUUCUUUGCAUGGCGUUUGGAUCGAGCGAGAAUUGGCGCGUUUACAGGAUUGUAUUACAUGGCUUCGCGUUUUUUGUACAUGAACUAUCUGAUAGAUAGAUUUCAAGGGAACUGCCUUAUGUAUAUUGAUUAGAAAUGAAUUAAACUAUAAACGCAAUAAUCCAGAAUUUAAUAUGGUUCGUCA